UUUGCUCUUUUCAAAGCUAUCUGUUCAGUUUACGCUGCUAUCAUUCGAAAAUUGCCCAGUGAAACAAUGGACACACAAUCCACCUCCGCCUCCUCCACCUCCACCGCCCCCGCCUCCAGCAACGGCACGCAGGCGCAGACUAGCACGGGCACCGCAGAGAGUCAUGUCAAUGCCCAGACUAAUGGUGUAGAAGUGAGCCGUCCUUACACCACCAUGCUAGCCGUCAACGGCAACAUGGAUCUCUCCAAUACUUCUCGACCCCGAAGCAACUCAAACUCUUCCACCCAUGCGAAUGCAGGCUCUGCUUCCUCCUGA